GAGUGUACACUCAGGAGACCAACCUAGAAAACAGAGAAAGGAAAGCCUUCUAGUUAUGAGUUCUGUUUUGUAAGUGCCUGACCUUGCAUCCCCAACAUCAACGGAUAUUCCUCUUGCAGGUUGCUGUUCUACCAUUCCCAAUGAAUGUGCGUUUUUGUUUUGUUUGGACUGUCUGUCUUCUCCUUUCACCACGGGGUCAACAAGAAGCCCAAGCCUUUCAGUGCAAUAAUGGAGUUUCUCUGCCUCCUGACCAUGUAUGCGACUUCACAGACCAUUGUGGGGACAACAGCGAUGAGCAACAAUGCUGGAGUUAUGGGAGGUGUGACUUUGAGGAUGGGCUCUGCGGCAUGACACCGGAUCAGAGCCUACUAUCUGGUUGGGUAAGAAGAAACGGGGUGAUUGGUCCGUCACCUCCAUUCUGGGACCACAAUGGCAAUGUAUCAGCCCAUUUUCUCACAUUGGUCUCCAGAGUGGACUCCAUCUUCUCAAAAUUAAGAAGCAGAAUUUUUCUUCCAACCAAUGACCAGCAAGUUUGUCAGAUAACCUUUUAUGACUUCUCCAGUCACCAGAAUGGCAAAUUGAUGGCAGGGUUUCAAACCAUGUGUGACGGUCCUAUCCAGCAUGUGUGGCAGAAAACAGAGGUACUCCAGAGUCACUGGGAGAGAAAUGUCAUCACCGUCCAGAGCUCACAGAAGUUUCAGGUUGUUUUUCAAGCUCAAAUGCAUGCAACUCAUGGACAAGAGGAAGUUCUAGCAAUUGAUGACAUUUCUUUCAGUUCAGGUUGCUUGCCUGCAGAUGAUGAGAUUUUACCAUGUCAAGAAGUGGCAAAAACCAAGCAGGACUUACGCUGUUCAGAUACGGAAACUUGCAGAGUUGAUUCGGCAAAUGAAGGCUUGAGACUGUAUCAGAGCUGUGGAUUUGACUUUGACAUGUGUGGCUGGGCAGCUGAGGCAUAUGCUGAGCAAACUUCUUGGAGGUGCACAAAAGCAAGUGAGGUCCCUUCACUGGACUCUGUGCCCUGGCAGGAUCAAAGUGGCAACAAUGAAGGAUACUUUGUGUGGAUGAGGGCCAGCCAGGCUUCCACUUUUGGACCUGCAGAGAGCAGUGCAUAUUUAAACAGCUCUAUAUGUCAUUGCAUGGGCAGGAAAUGCCAUCUGCAAUUCUAUUACGCUAUGGAAGACAGUGUUCUGAAAGUAAAGCUGUACAGUAAUAAGGAAGAAGAGCUGACUUGGACAUUCAAUACACCCACUCACAGCACAUGGGUGAGAGCAGAUGUACUGAUACCAGAAGAUCUGAGGACAUUUAAGGUUGCUUUUGAAGGCACAGUUUUGAGGCAGAGAGGUUUUAUUGGAAUUGGUCGGCUCUCGGUCUACACGUGUGAACAGACCCAUCUCCAGCAGCCUUGUUCUGUUCAUGAGUACGUUUGUGCCGGUGGCCAGUGCCUCCCCCGCUCUUCAGUCUAUGGCUCCGGAACGGAAGACUCCAACCUCAAUGAUGAAGACCCGGAGGCUUGUGCAGGUCAGCUCACCUGGGACUUCGAAUCCGGUUUCUGUGGCUGGGAACCAUUUCCCACAGAAGACUCCCACUGGGAAGUGGUGGAAAGGCGGGGUCAUGGAGAGCACCUGUUUCCUGAGGCUGGUCACACAGAGGGCACAAGCCAUGGAUCCUUUAUUUAUUUUGGGUCACAGCAAUCCACUGGGUUGGCCAGGCUAGGAAGUCCCAUCCUUAAGAAAUCAUCUACUGCCUCUACUCCAUGCCAGGUAAAGUUUUGGUAUCAUUUAUCAGAGCACACCUGUCUCUCUGUUUUUACAAGAACAUCAUUAGACGGCAGUUUGAUAAAGCAGAGUGAAGUGACCGGAUUCUCUGAAACUCAGUGGAGCCGGGCAGAACUGGAUCUCCAUGCAAAAGCUGGAGAAUCUACCCUGCCUUUCCAGUUAAUUUUAGAAGCUACUGUUUUCUCAUCGAAUGCUACCGUUGCUGUAGAUGACAUCAGUGUAUCCCAGGAAUGUGAGCUUUCCUGUGAGUCACUUCGAAGUACCAGCAUACAAAAUGAAGUUGCUGAUUGCGAUUUUGAAGCAAACAGCUGUGGGUGGUUUGAAGCUAGUGGUGGCGACCAUUUUGACUGGACAUGGAGUUCCCAAAGUGAUCUUCCUGCUGAUUUUGAGCAGCAAGCUCCACCUGGAGAUCACACUCAUGGUACAGCUCAAGGGCGUUUCAUGUUCAUUUUGAAGAAGAGCAGCAGCUUGUUUCAAACUGCUAAACUUCAGAGCCCAACUUUCAGCCAGACAGGGCCUGAGUGCACACUGUCACUCUGGUUUUAUAACUUUGGACAGUCAGUGGGGGCAGCUGAAUUGCAGCUACAUCUAGAAAAUUCUAAGGAUGACACAGCCCUCUGGAGAGUGUUAUAUAACCAAGGCAAUCAGUGGUCAGAGGCAACUGUCCAGUUAGGACGCCUCACUCAGCCCUUCUACCUGACACUGGAGAAAGUCAGUAUGGCCGUUUAUAGUGGGGUCUCUGCUAUCGAUGACAUCCGUUUUGAAAAUUGUACCCUUCCUCCUCCUGCUGAGAGCUGUGAUGAGCCAGAUCACUUCUGGUGUAGACAGACUAAGGCUUGCAUAGGAAGGCAUCAGCUCUGUGACCUAGUCGAUGAUUGUGGAGAUCGCACAGAUGAGACUGGCUGUGCACCUGACCUGCAGUGUGACUUUGAAAAUGGAAUUUGUAACUGGAAACAAAGUAUGGAGGAUGACUUUAACUGGACCAUAUACCAGGGUUCUACUCCAACACUGAACACAGGCCCAAUGAAGGACAACACAUUGGGUACAGCCAAAGGACACUACCUCUACAUAGAAACAUCAGAGCCACAGGUCUUUCAAGACAAAGCUGUUUUACUCAGCCCCAUCCUUAAUGCUACUGAAACAAAUGGCUGUACCUUCCGCCUAUACUACCACAUGUUUGGAAAGCAUAUUUAUCGUCUGGCUGUCUACCAGAGAAUUUGGAGCAAUUCCAAUGGACAGAUGCUGUGGCAGAUAUUUGGGGAUCAAGGCAACAGAUGGAUAAGAAAACACCUCAGUAUUUCCAGCAGGCAGCCCUUUCAGAUCCUGAUAGUGGCUUCAGUGGGAGAUGGUUUCACUGGAGAUAUUGCAAUUGAUGAUCUGUCAUUCAUGGAUUGCACCCUCUACCCAGGAAAUUUGCCAAUGGACAUCCCAAGUCCACCAGAAACUUCAGUUCCAGUGACCUUGCCUCCAAACAACUGUACAGAUGAUCAGUUUGUCUGCAUCUCUAGUGGCCAUUGUGUUGGAAAAAUUCAGAAAUGUGACUUCAGAUACGAUUGCCCUGACAAAUCAGACGAGUCAUCUUGUGUGCUGGAUAUUUGUACAUUUGAAGAGAGAAACCUGUGUAAAUGGUACCAGCCAAACCCAGCGAAAUCACUCCACGAUUCAAAUGUAUUCAGAUGGGGACUCGGGAAUGGGAUCAGUAUUCACCACGGGGAAGAAAAACACAGACCAUCAUUAGAUCACACGAAAAAUGCCACAGAUGGUUGGUACCUGUAUGCUGACAGUUCAAAUGGGAAGUUUGGUGACCUGGCUGAUAUUCUCACUCCUGUCAUCUCACUCACGGGACCAAGGUGUACUUUGGUGUUCUGGACAUAUAUGAACGGUGCCACAGUGGGUUCUCUCCAGGUACUCAUCAAGAAAGACAACAUGAUUUCCAAAGUGUGGGCUCAAAGUGGACAACAAGGGCCACAGUGGAAGAAAGCCGAAGUGUUUUUGGGCAUCCAUUCACAUGUGGAGAUUGUCUUUAGGGCAAAACGUGGUGUCAGUUACAUAGGAGACGUGGCGGUGGAUGAUGUUUCCUUUCAAGAUUGCUCCCCGUUACUUGGCACAAACAGGAAGUGCACUGCUGAUGAGUUCAUGUGCGCUAACAGGCACUGCAUUGCAAAGGACAAGCUGUGCGACUUUGUGAAUGACUGCGCAGAUAAUUCAGAUGAAUCCACGUUCAUCUGUGGUACCUCCAGUGGGCGCUGUGAUUUUGAGUUUGACAUUUGUGCCUGGGAGCAGGAUCAGGAUGAGGACCUUGACUGGAACCUGAAAGCUAGCAACAUCCCAGCUACAAGCACAGAGCCAGCUGUAGACCACACCUUGGGGAAUUCCUCUGGUCAUUACAUCAUUCUCAGAAGCUUUUUCCCACAGCAGCGCAUGAGAACAGCCAGAAUAUCAAGCCCACUUAUAAGCAAGAGAAGCAAAGACUGUAAGAUCAUCUUUAAUUACCAUAUGUAUGGUACUGGCAUUAGGGCGCUCCUCCUACUCCAGGUGACGGUCACUAACCACACAAAGGUACUCUUCAACCUCACUGAAGAGCAAGGCAAUUUCUGGCAGAGAAAAGAAUUAUCAUUGUCUAGUGAUGAAGACUUUCAGCUCAAAUUUGAAGGCAGAGUUGGAGAAGGCCACCACGGUAAUAUCGCACUCGAUGACAUUGUACUUACAAAGAGCUGUCUCCCAUCUCACCGCUCCACAAGGGAAGAAUCAGCUCUUCCCCUACCAACAGGCUUUUGCCCACAUGGCUAUGAGGAAUGUCAGAAUGGCCAGUGCUACAGUGCAGAGCAGAGCUGUAAUUUUGUGGAUGACUGUGGGGAUAACACGGAUGAAAAGGAGUGUGGUGGCUCCUGCACUUUUGAGGAAGGCUGGUGUGGCUGGAAGAACUCCCUAGCUGAAAACUCUGAUUGGGUUUCGGGAAUUGCAUCUCAUCAAAGCCAACGACCCCCCAAGGACCACACACUCGGAAACGAACAUGGUCACUUCAUGUAUCUGGAGGCCACCCCAGUGGGCCUUCGUGGUGACAAAGCCCACUUUAAGAGUGCUGUGUGGCAAGAAUCCAGCACUGCCUGCGCCAUGAGCUUCUGGUAUUUCAUAUCUGCAAAAGCCACAGGGUCCAUUCAGAUACUCAUUAAGACAGACAAAGGUCUUUCAGAAGUAUGGCAGCAAAGCAAUCCCGGUAAUCACUGGCAAAAGGCCACCAUCCUCCUGGGAAAAUUAAGGAAUUUUGAGGUCAUAUUUCAAGGUAUCAGAACACGUGAUCUAGGAGGCGGAGCUGCAAUUGAUGAUAUUGAAUUCAGGAACUGCACAACUGUUGGAGAAACCACUGAGAUUUGUGCAGAAGUCACAGAUUUUUUGUGCCAGGACAAGAAGUGCAUUGCAUCCCACUUUGUUUGUGACUACAAGCCAGACUGCUCUGACAAGUCUGAUGAAGUUCACUGUGGAUAUCAUGUAAGCACGGCAGGAAGCUGCAAUUUUGAAACAACCUCAGGAAACUGGACUACGGACUGUGGUCUCACCCAAGAUCCUGAAGACGACUUGGAUUGGGACAUCGGUAACACAAUUUCUGCUGAAGCCUUGAGCCCCGAUUCAGACCACACACCAGGUAGCGGUCGGCAUUUCUUGUAUGUCAAUGCUUCUGCCUUCAACAAAGAGGGAUCUACUGCAAGAAUCAUUACCUCCCAGUUUUUUCCAGGAAGCCUUGGCAUGUGUACUGUUCGGUUCUGGUUCUACAUGGUGGAUCCCCAUAUUAUGGGGAUAUUAAAGGUGUAUAUCAUCGAAGAAUCAGGACUAAACAUCAUGAUGUGGUCCAUGAUCCAAAAUAAAAACAUUGGAUGGACCUAUGCAUAUGUACCUCUGUCUAGUAACAGUCCAUUCAAGGUGGCUUUUGAGGCUGACUUGGGUGGAAAGGAAGACAUCUUCAUUGCUCUUGAUGAUAUCACUUUCACCCCUGAGUGUGCAUCUGGAGGACCCGCCUUAGCACAGCCAUCACUUUGUCAAGAAGACCAGUUUGCGUGUAUUUACACACUGCAGUGUGUCCUUGCCUCAGAGAAGUGUGACGGGAAAGAAGACUGUACAGAUGGAUCUGAUGAAAUGGAUUGCUCUCUCAUCCCCUCACCUCAGCUGUGCAGUAUCACAGAAUUCCAGUGCUCUGACGGCCAGUGUAUCCCUUCUCUCCUGCUGUGUGAUGGAGUGGCUGACUGCUACUUUAAUGAAGAUGAAUUCAGCUGUGCUAAUCAGAGCUGCCCCACUGGAGCUUUGGCAUGCAACUCUUCAGGUAGCUGUGUCCCAGCCCACCAGCGCUGCGACAAGGUUGUCCACUGCAAGGGCUUCCCAAUCGAUGAGUCCAGCUGCUCAGAGUGUCCAGUAAAUUAUUGCAGAAAUGGUGGCAUUUGUGUGGUAGAAAAUAUUGGCCCCAUGUGUAGGUGUGCACAAGGAUGGACAGGAAAUCGGUGUCACAUCAGGUCCAACCUUUCUACUGCGGAUGCCGUCUACGCCCAGAACUACAUAUGGAGUCUACUGGGCAUCGGCUUCGGGCUCCUCGUGGCUCACGUUGCUGUGGCCAUCUGGUGCUGUCUUGCACACAGAAGACCAGUGAGGAAAUCUGAGCAGGGAGGCACCUGUGCCUUUGUCAAUCCAGUUUAUGGGAAUUGCAUCAAUGCAGAGAAAACAGAGACUUCCAUCUAUUCCUUCCCAAAUCCAUUUUAUGGUGCAGCGUCGGGAAGCCUGGAGACAGUGUGUCAGAAUCUCAAAUCAUAACAUCAAAACUAUGCUUCAUCCAAUGUGUCUGCAGUAAAUUUCACUCACUGAAUUGAUUCAGUAUGAAGUAAAAAAGAAAAUAUUCAAAUGUUAGUGUGAUUACAACAUUCUGAAACAGAGCUUUUUACAGAUUCUUCGAAUGUUUCCAUGGAAUCACAGACAGCUCCUUAUCUUCAGUGUAUUUCUGAGUACUUUAAUAAAACAUUCUGCCAAUCAA